AUGAAAGUUCCACAUGCCAACCAGAAUGGCAAGGCCGCCGGCCAUGCCGCCGACACCACCAUGGGAGCGAACUAUGCUCUUAGCAUCAACACCAAGUUCGAAGACCCCAAUAACAAGAGCCCCGGUAAAAGAGGGUGUGUAAGAGAUAACGUCGACACAGUCGACCUGAAGACAAAAGAGGGCUUUGAGGUCAGAAGUGGCUCCGACGAACAUAAGGGUAAAGAUGCAGGCGGGAAGCGUGGAGAGUCAACAAAGAAGGUCGUGGACGAGAUCUUGGGGUUUGAUGCGGGCCUCUGGAACGAACUCUCCGACCUCUCAAGUCUUCACAGGCGCUAG